AUGGUCUUUGGCGGUUGCUGUAGUAAUGUCUGGACCUACGAGCGUCUACUGAAGCUCAGCCCUCAGAUAGGGUCUGCAUUGACCUUCUCGCAAAUGCUGUUCAUUACAUUGCAAGGCCUGCCGCGGUUCUUGACAUGGCAGUCGUCCCAAUCAUUUCUACCUACUCUUCGACCGCGACAAGUUCCCAUGCGGGAGUGGGCCACGCAAGUGGUGGUUUUGACAGCUGGUUCUUUGCUGAAUAACUGGGUGUAUGCCUUUGACGUCCCCAUACCGAUACAGAUUGUGUUUCGCUCAGCAGUACCUAUCGUGUCAAUGAUAUUUGGGUACGUCUUCUUAAGACGGAGUUAUUCGUUUACGCAAGUUGCUGCGGUCGUCAUAGUCGUUGUCGGGGUCGUUCUUGCCACCCUUUCUAGAUCGUCAUCCCAGUCUAGCACUUCCGUGGAUACCGGCCGCUAUGCAGUAGGUAUCCUGAUGCUUGUAUCCUCGCUCUUUCUGUCUGGUUUCUUGGGUAUCCUGCAAGAGCGCACGUACGGAAAGUACGGACCCUGCUGGAGGGAAGGUGUAUUCUACACGCACUUCCUCUCAUUACCAGCGGUCCUGCUAUUCCUGCCCCAUGUCAAGAAAGGAUUCCUAGAUCUGCAUAAAGCAUCACCGAGCUUGCAGACGUCAAUUCUCAUCCUGGCAGCCAACUUAGGGACACAGCUAGUCUGUGUGUCCGGUGUGAACCAGCUCACAUCUAGAGUAUCAUCUGUCUCGACAAAUCUUGUUCUCACAGCUCGCAAAGCAAUGAGUCUUUGCCUCAGCGUGUGGUGGUUCGGCAACGGCUGGAACGUCCAACUGGCGUCAGGAGCUAGUCUUGUUCUGACAGGGUCUCUGUUGUACGCCUUCGCAGGUCUUAGACAAUCUGACAAGAAACGGGAAUAG